AUGUCACAAUCACAACGAGACGUUUUCCUCUACAGGCGACCCAUCAGUAGCUUUGCCAAAAUCCCCCUCCUCAACAAAUGGCGCAAAGCUACCAUCAACCAUUGGACAGUUUGCGUGAGCGACACAUGCUACGAAGUCGCCGCCACACCCGACGAUCCAAGCGGACUAUCGCACAACCUGUGCAUCAAGCCCAAGUCGGAAUGGAUCGAGGAAAUGCAAAAGAAAGCGCUUGAAUAUGAGCCUAUUAAUUUGGGUGAAUGCAAGACGACAUGGCCGGAUGACAAGAUUGAAGAAUGCGGCAAGUCAAACGAUAUAUGGAAGGAGCUUUUUGAAAAGACAUACCAAAACUUUUUAUGGAACUGCCAAGAAUUUGCCCUCUGGCACCUGCGGUGCAUAGUAGACAAUUUGAGCGAAAAGGAGAUCUCGGAUCGCUGGGAGAGCUGGAAUCCGGAUGCUAUGAUACCGGCAAUCCUGAUGGGUGGAGGGCCCGGUUUUGCGGCAGGUAUGGCGAUGGGUGCGGCGGCAGGUACAGCGGUUGUAGAUAUGGCUGUCACCGGAGGCGUCAUCACAUUGACGGCAUAA